AUAUUUGUUUUUGAAUAUAUGAAAGGCACAUCCAUAAGAAAAACAGAUGUUCAGGCUUCAAGUGUGCUGUGCCCAACACUCUGAGAUAAAGUAGAUGGCGGUCGGGAGUAGGCCGUAUUGAAUAUGCAGCACCAGGAUUUGAGUAAACACAGCGUGGCUGAAGACAGUCCAAAACAUCAGACCUCAUCCUCUUCAGCAACAACAAACGUCAUUUAAAGGGGGAGAUGGCUGUCACAUGGUUAUGUCAGCUUCCUGUUUACCGCCAGUUGUACCUUCAGACUGGAGUACACAGAUUGCAACACCGCGCUCCGCUGUUGUGGCGUUCAUCCACAACAACAUAUGCAGCAUUGAGAUCCUGCAGCCACAGGGUUGACUGCUGUAUAACUUUAAUCCGUUUAUCGUCAUGGUCGUGGUUACUAAGGAGACAUGAAGACGUGACAUUGAGGAAACGUGAGCAGGCCGGGAAGGAUCCUGGAUAUUUCCUGAGUCCAGCCGACCGGACUUCAGUUAGCUAGUGCUGGGUGUGUGGCUCCACUUCACCUCAUGUCAGAAACGCAAACAAACCAGCGGUGAUGUGGGAGAGGACUUCGGAGGUCUGAAAUUGCUUAAACAAACUAUACGUGUAUUUUGAGGUAGUGAAAACGACAAACAUACGCCUGGGAAGCUGAACUAGCCUGUUAGCUGAUUGUGCUAACUCCGGUGGCCGCAGACGCCGCGGUGUGAGAGGCUGGCUGUACAGGCUGGCUGACGGCUUGUGUCUGGAGAGUGGAGCCGCUCGCCGGUGCCCUGAAUUCAGGAAGAGUCCCCGGCUCCGGCCCCCUCAAGCGGGCAGUCAGGAAGAAGCUGGCUGGGAAGGGAUGGCCUGGUCGGUCUUCCCGUUCCAAAGGACAAGGCGCUGCGGUGUUUGAAGGAGGUCGGGUCCGGUUAGAGGCCACCACCGCGGGUCGAGGCGCUAUGAUGGCCGCCUCCCCCUCCGUGGCCGCCGGCUUCAAGGCCUCCGGGCUGUCGGUCAGAAAGAGCGAGGAAAUAGCGGAAUUGAUAGACGUGUUUUCGAAGACGCAGUACAGAGCAAAGGAAGUCACUCCUCGGAUGGAGGUGAUAGAGAAACGUUGUCUGGAGUUAUUCGCAAGAGAUUACAAGUACAGUAUCAUCCAUAACGCCAACGGAGAAGUGUGUGGCCAUUACCCCCGGCAGAUAGUUUUCCUGGAGUAUGAAUGCACAGAUGUGGAGAGAGACAGGUUUGAGAGCACAGUGCAGAUCAGUAAACUGCAGGACUUGGUGAACCGGAGUAAGUUGGCUCGUUGCAGAGGGAGGUUUGUGUGUCCUGUCAUCCUCUACAAUGGCAAGCAUAUUUGCCGGUCGUCCACUCUGGCAGGCUGGGGGGAGCUGUACGGACGCACGGGCUACAACUAUAUCUUCUCAGGGGGCAGUGAUGACACGUGGACAGAGUCAGAAGAGGUUCCAGAGGAUGACAGUGCAGUCAGGAAUGGGGACUCCCAGCUCUUUGACAAGGUUCGAGGCCAUGACAUUAAGCUGCUACGUUACCUCUCGGUUCGCUACAUCUGUGACCUGAUGGUGGAGAACAAGAAGGUUAAGUUUGGCCUAAAUGUUACAUCCUCUGAGAAGGCAGACAAGGCCCAACGCUAUGCAGACUUCACCCUGCUCUCUGUGCCUUACCCAGGGUGUGAGUUUUUUAAGGACUACAAAGACAGAGACUACACAGCUGAAGGACUGGUGUUCAACUGGAAUCAGGACUAUGUAGACGCUCCUUUGACAAUCCCUGUGUGCUUCACCCAGAACUUGAACAUUGACUGGACUCAAUACCAGUCAUGGGACCUGGUGGAGCAGACCCAAAACUACCUGAAGCUGCUGCUCCACAUCAUCAACAGUGAUGAUGAGAGUGGCCUCCUGGUGCACUGCAUAUCAGGCUGGGACCGGACGCCUCUGUUUGUGUCCCUCCUCAGGCUCUCCCUGUGGGCAGAUGGUGCGGUGCACGCCAGCCUGGAGCCGGCCGAGAUCCUGUAUCUGACCAUUGCUUACGACUGGUUCCUCUUCGGUCACAUGCUGCCAGAUCGACUCUCCAAAGGGGAGGAGAUUUUCUUUUUUUGCUUCAAUUUUUUGAAGCACAUUGUCUCAGAGAAGUUCUCUGCUGUUAGGAAACAGAGAAGGAAGAACUCCCACUUCAAAGACAGUGAUUUCACUGUGGAGGACCUCUGCCAGUUAAAGUCGAAGGAUCGCGGCAGUGUGACCAGUCUGAGCAGCGAGUUUUCCCUCAUCACUGAGGAGGUGGGCGCGGCCUCCAGCCUCACCAAUGACACUGUGGACCUGUUCUCCAGCCAACCCCAGGCCUCCAGCUGGAGAAAAGGCACCACCUCUUCUCCUCAGAUGGUCGUAUGGAAUAAACAAAACCCUCUGGAGGAACACCUUUCCCAUCCACUCAGUGAAGCCAGGUCUUCCAGCUCCUCUUCAUCCAACCAUUCAGAACACGCCGUCACACGCACUGGCAGUAGCCCAUUGGCUGUCCCCGGGAGAAGGUUAGCAGCAGACUACACCCGGUCAGGGUCCUCGCUCUCUACAGAGUACGGCAGUUGGCAGAUAGUUUCCGGUUGUGGAAGCAUCCAUGACCACGCUCACUUCCCUCCACCUCUGGCCUCAGCCUCCUCCAACUCGUCUGCUGUCGCUGCUGCCUAUGACUCCCCCCUGCCCUUCAGCUUUCAGGACGAAGGACCCAGUGGACGAAUGUGUCCUUUCCCCUCAGAGCGUCAAGCGCGUCUGGAAGCGGUGCGGGAAGUCUUCCUGGCAGCCUACAGCUCCACUGUGGGCCUCAAGUCCUCUGCACCCAGCCCCUCCGGCGCCAUUUCCGGUCUGCUGGAGCAGUUUGCCCGCGGGGUUGGCCUCCGAGGCACCAAUGCCAUCGUCUGAACCCCCCCCUCAAUGUGACUUCAGACCCUCCUUCUGCUUCCAUCCAUCCACAGUUGAUUCAUGUCUGGACUCAGUACAAUAAAGUGCCAAAUAUCUCUGUUCAAUUCAGGGGUGAAGCAUUAAUUUUCCUUUUUAUAUUUUGUUUUUUUUUCUUGAAUUUUCUUUGAUUUUGUUUUCAAACCUUACACGCCCUGGAUUUGAUUUUUUUUUUCUAUGCUGCUCCAACUUUUCUUUGGACUUUUAAUCUUCCAUGUCGAGUCAUGCAUCUGUCACAUUCAGGGAGGGAAAUGCUCUCAGCCACCGUAUCAAAAAGGGAUAGUGAGAAGGCUUUCUAGCUGCUGAAAUGUAAAUGGCUGACAGUGUGGGGUCUGUACUUGUUACAGGCAGAAUAUAAAGAAUUCUUCCUUCCUCUGCUCUUCGUUAAUCUCUUCAUAUUUUUUUUCUCCCUUUGCAGUGACCGUCCCAUGUACAGGAAGCAAUAUGUUUCUAGUUCUCUUGUUUUGUGCUGCUAUUCUUCACUGAUCCAAGCAGAAGACAUUGUUUAGUUGUUUAGUUCAGGUGGAUGUUGAAGUUGAGAUGAACUCAGCACUUAAUGUGAUCUGACAGAAUUUGGCACCAAGCUUUUUUCUAAUUUGGCACAGUAGAUUGAAGUCUGAAUAUCUAAUCAGUUUUCGACCUUACAGCUUUGGGUCUAGAUGUAAAGGAGAAGUUUUUCGUCUUAAUACAGUACUCACAUGCCAUUUGUAUGCUGGAAGAGUCUUUGGUCGCUGUAAUCAUGUCUCCUGUCAGUACUUGGCAGGACAGGAAUCCCUGCAUAGUGCGACUACACUGUAAAGCCCUCUGAGACAAAUUUGGGAUUUUUGGAUAAAAUAUGUCAAGUUUUCUUGCCUUGACUUGACUGUAGGAGUUGGGGAGACAAAAUCCACAGUCCGUGUUCCAUGUAGAAAUGCAUUUUAACAUUCCACUGAAGAUUCUCACCUCAGCACACCUGGCCAAUCACUGCAUGAAGUGCGCGCGGCUGUCAGUUUAGUUAACAUUGUUUCUGAUGUAUGAAAGCUGUGGGAGGAGGGGGUUUCAUACACUGUUUGACAGUCCGACAAACAGUUAGCAUAGUGAAGCAUACUGAAACCUUAAAGCUUCAGUGUGCUUCAACCGAACUAGACAUACUAGUUUGGACGACAUGUCGUACGAAAGGAAAAGGUGUUUAUAGGUGUUUCAGACAGCCAUACUGGCUGAAGGCUGAGGUGUGGGAAAUGGAAUAAAUAGGGAUAAUGAGUGUUUGACAAUCCUACAAGCACUUUGUUUAAAGCAUACUGAACCCUUUAGUUUAUGGUUAGGUGUUGCAGAGAUGACUCGUUCUAGGGGUUAGGAAUAAGGAAUCUGACAGAAUACGGUGUAACCCUGCAACGAACCUACAUGUGACUCCCAGAAUAUAUUCCUCUGCUGUGUUUCAGGGAAGAAACACUUUACAGACAAACACGAGAGAAUUUUGUAUGUGGAUUUUAUACCCUAUUUUUGUUGAGUUGUGCGAUGAAGGGAUUCCUUCAUGGCCAUUAGGAAUGACUGAAUACUGUGACCACUCUAUUACCGUACAAUUGAAACAUGAGUAUUCCAUUAAGACAACCUUGAGAAAAAAAAAAAUCAGAACCUAUCCUUAAAUUAACUUCUGAGUUUUAUGUGAUAUUUUCUUCAUCUUUAUAAAAUUAGCUUUGAUCAUCAAACAUCUACAGGACUCCUGAAUAGCCUCACACAGUUUUCAGAAACCGUAAACCCUGGAGAUGAAGCAAUGAAUAUAUCUUUUAACCUUGCUAGGCUAAUGCCUCCACUUCCUCUACUUCAGUUCAUAUUCAGUCAUCUUCUUCUUCAGUAGCACUGACAUGGUAGCACAAGAGGCAUUGAGCAUUGUGGUAGCAAAUCUGUGAACUGAAGGCCUUUUCAAUGUUGUUUCUUGUUGGACUUGUGACCAGUGAACCGAGGUCCACUUGAUUCCUGCCAGUGCUGAGAUUUCCGCCCAGCUAUUACCACACACAUACAUGUUGUUCAAACAACAUGUGUGCCUUCUUCCAGGUCACAGUUGAACAGACAUUUUUACCUGGCCUACUGUUGGGUAGAAUCACACUUUGAAGUAAUUUUCUUGAGAGAAUUCUGUUGAGAAAAUUGAUUUGAAACUAGCUUGUCGGUGUUGCCAAAUGGUUUUUGAUGGCUGCUGUACCUCAGGACCUUUUGUUGUGCCUUUUUUAUCUUCAGUAACACUGGAUCCGGUCUCUAUGUCUCUGGUCCAGUUUCAGGUGUAUUUCUGUUUCUUAAAUGGUUUUAAGAGCUUGAGGGGUUUGCAGCGGAUUGUUAAUUGAGGUUUUGAGUGUAGAGCAUUAGCAGUGUUAGCUUUGUAAUAAAGCAUUUUUUGGGGUUUCCCCUUUAUCACUCACUUGGUUACAAGAUUAUCUUUGUCUUUGUUAGUGUACAGUAACAUUGCUCUUGAGUCUUACGGACACCCCUGAUAAGGCUUAUGAGGUGGGGAUUUUACUUAGCAGACACAAAUACUGUAUCAUUCACACCAAGAUGAGUGAGACACAAGGAGAUUUUGCUUUCGAAGAUGACUGUAGCUGAAGAAGUUUGUGUUGAUGAAAGAAAAUAGUUUAGCAUUUUGAGAAAUGCAAAGAUGAGAAGAUAAAUGUCAACCAUGUCUGUGUGUUAAGCACAGAGCUGGGGUUGGUACAUGCUUAGCCUAGCUUAGCAUUAAGACUGGAGACAGGAGAUAAAGUUAGCUUAGCUCUUGUUAAAGUGAAAAAAAACCUUCCAAGACUUCUCUGACUUUUUUUUUUUUACAUUUCUGUUUAAGUAUGGGCUAAACAAAGAAGAUACCUGUUGUAGGUGUAUUUUUUCACUUUUGAAGAAGCCAUAGCUGUUUCUCCCCGCUUCAAGUUUUUAUGCUAAGCUAAGCUAACCAUGUCCUGUCUCAGGCUUCUUACUUUACUUCAACACACAGACAUGAGAUUGAUAAAGAUCUUCUCACUUACUCUUGGAGAGAAAUAAGUGUACUUCCCAUAACUAUUCUUUUAAGCGGCAGAAUUUGGUGUUCUGAGAGAUUCUAAGCCACAUAAUGCUUUCUUUAUACCACAAACACACAUUUGCUAGAAUGCUAGAGCUGUUUUAAGCCAUGUGAGUUUUAAUUCAGUCUUUCCUCAGUGGAGUAAGGAAUUUGGUUCAUAUAACCACGCAUAUCAGUUCUUCGCCUGGACUGUCAAGAAAGUGGUUCAAUUUUGUACCUCCAAACAAACUGACAAUAGAACAAUCUGUCCAGCUUUCUUUGAGACUAUUUGGUCAUUUCAGGCAUCGCCACACCUCAUAUCUUUUUCAGAUAUCCUUUCUGAAGAGUUCUAAUUCAGUCAAGGUUUCUAAUCAUUUGUUUUAUUUUGGCAUACUGUCUGCCUGCAGCUGAUAAGCAGCCAAUCACAGGACAACUGAGUUAUGAUUCAUAAAGACAUUAAUGUCUCUUUAAAAUGGCUGAAAAUUGUCAUUGGAAGAAAAAUUCUUUGAGUUCCCUUCAAAUACUCUUAUUCAGUUUUCACUCACUGGUUUUGCAUGACCUCCUCCAAGUUUAUCUCAAUUGUGAAAUAUAGUUUUAUUUGUUUUACAAAUUAAUUUUUAUUUUAAAAUCUCUUAUUAAAAUGCUGCAUUGCACUCAUCCCGAUGUUCUCUGUGUAAAGAGUUUUCGUCUUUGUACAGUUGAUGCAUUUUUAAGUAAUUUUACCUUUUCUUUGGUUAUAAAUUGCUCUUAAUUGUUGGCAGAUGACAGGCUACACAUAAAGGUGAACUGAGCAGCAGGUGGCAAUUGUGAAUAAAGAAAAACAUGAGAAUGUU